ACCAAAGCAGCCUACAGCAGAAAACAACAACGACCAAUCAGACCAUACCGCAAAACCACAUCAUAGAUUCGAACGUUGGAAGGAAAACAAAAAGAAUAUGUCUUGCACCGUUGCUCUUUCAAACUCACCCGUUUUCUCCCCAUCCGGUCGGGUUUCAUCUUCUCUAUUCUGCAAAACCUCUUCUGCUGCUGCUCCAUCGGCGGAAACUAUCAAAAACCCAUCAUCAACUUCCCCAUCAUCGCCUUUGCGAAUACUCCGCCUGCAGAAGCCGCACCCGAGUCCAAGCGGGCUAAUUGUGAAUUCUUCGGAUUUUUCGGCUUCCGGUUCGCCUUCGCCCUCGAUUUUGAAGAGGAAGAGGCCCGCGAGGUUGGAUAUCCCUAUAGUUUCAAUGGGUUUUGGGAAUGUUCCGCCAACCCCAUCCGCGGCAGCGGGGCGGGAUACGGAUGUUGUGGAAGUGGAAGGGGAUGGAUACGUGGUGUAUUGUAAGAAGGGGAAGAGAGAAGCCAUGGAGGAUCGUUUCUCAGCUGCAAUCAAUCUUCAAGGAGAUUCCAAACAGGCUUGUUUUGGGAUAUUUGACGGGCAUGGAGGUGCAAAAGCUGCUGAGUUUGCAGCAGAGAACUUGCAAAAGAACAUUAUGGAUGAAAUUGAUAAGCGUGGAGAUGCUGAAAUUGAGGAGGCAGUUAAGAAUGGUUAUUUGAGAACUGAUGAUGAGUUUCUAAAGGAAGAUGUUUGGGGUGGAACAUGCUCGGUGACAGCACUGAUCAGGAAAGGGAAUUUAGUGAUAUCAAAUGCUGGUGAUUGUCGUGCUGUGCUGAGCAGAAAAGGCAUUGCUGAGGCUCUUACUUCUGAUCACCGGCCUUCAAGGGAAGAUGAGAGAGACAGAAUCGAGGCUCUGGGUGGCUAUGUGGAUUGUAAGCAUGGUGUUUGGAGAAUUCAUGGGUCGCUAUCUGUGUCUAGAGGUAUUGGUGAUCAGUACCUUAAACAAUGGGUUAUCGCAGAACCAGAGACGAGAAUCCUCAGUGUAAAACCUGAGUUGGAAUUCUUGAUCCUUGCGUCUGAUGGAUUAUGGGACAAGGUUAGUAAUCAGGAGGCAGUAGACCUUGCCCGCCCUCUGUGCAUUGACAUAGAAAAGCCAGAGCCAUUAUCAGCUUGUAGAAAACUUGUUGACCUUUCCAUUUCACGAGGUUCUGCUGAUGAUAUUAGUGUCAUGCUAAUUCAGUUGGAGCAAUUUCACUGACGAGGACCCCUAUGGUAGAAUGAGAAAUAAUCUAACAAAUUGACCAAUGGAAUUCAUCCUCUGAUUCUUAUUAUUUAUUUCUUGCUGGGGUUGCUGCUGUUUACCGGGUAGUAAUGUUUGCUUAGACUUUAGAGAAUAAAGAAAAUUAAUCUAUGAUGAUGAUAAGAUUUGACGGGAAGAGCCCAAUUUCGAGGCUUUUUUUUAUCCAAUUUUUUUGUUCCGUAUAUUAGACACUGUUAGAACACACUUCACAUGACUGAUGACUUUGAUAUGUACAUGAAAUUUAUUGAGUACAGCUUCAUGUAAAAAUGAUGAAAGAAUCAUGCACGCUGAGUUUGUCUUUUA